AUGGAGUGGGGUCUCUGUGGAGCUGAGGAAGUUCUGUCUGAGUCCAGACUCCAGCACAGCUUCGUCAAGGAACAUUUCCAGGCCCAGUACAAGUCUUCUCUGACGUGUCCUCACUGCAUGAAGCAGAGCAACACCUUCGACCCGUUCCUCUGCAUCUCUCUGCCCAUCCCUCUGCGCCAGACCAGGUGGCUGUGUGUGGUUCUGGUGUUCAGCACUAAAGGCCAGCGGUACCUUCGGGUCGGACUCGCUGUGCCUCUGUUCGGCUCCGUGGCCACCCUGAGGAGGAUGGUGGCUGACGAGGGACAAAUCUCCCCAGACCAGGUGAUCCUGACGGAGGUUUACUCCACGGGUUUCCAUCGCUCCUUCUUCGAUGAGGAGGAUCUGACGAGCAUCGCUGAGAACGACGUGGUCUACGCCUUCCAGGCUCCGCCCCUUUACAUCAGAGGAGGCUCCGCACGCAUCUCAGGGUACCACCACAGCCUCCCCUCCUCUCCCUACUCCUCGGGUCCUGAGAGUCAGAGGUUACCUUCCUCUGGGACUUUAUCCUCAGAGUUCCUGAACCACGGGGUCCCAGUGAAGAUCCUGCUGCUCGUGUGCAACGCUGCUGGGACGGGACAACAAGCCGUCAGGUUUGGACCCCCGUUCCUGAUGAGGGAGGAUCGGUCUGUUUCCUGGGAGCAGCUGCAGCAGAGCAUCCUCAGCAAACUGUAUUACCUGAUGAUCAACGGGGCGCAGGCUCAGAACAUCAGAGUGAUGUUCAACGUCCGUGUGGUGGGAGGGUCGGUGUUUCACAGCUACCUGUCCCCUCAAGACGGACGGCCGCUGCACCACCCUGCUGUGGACAGAGUUCUGAAGCUCUGCGGCUCAGGAGGACCUCCUCAUGUGAAGCUGAUCAUCGAGUGGGAGCACCGGAUCAAAGACUGUGUGUUUGGGAACAUCCAGGAGGAGGUGGUGCAGCAGUCAGAGAGUGGGAGGAGUCAGCAGAAUGUCCAUCAGUUCAGCUGCAGCCUGGACGAGUGUUUCCAGCUGUACACCAAGGAGGAGCAGUUGGCCCCCGAUGACGCCUGGAAGUGUCCCCACUGUCAGCAGCUGCAGCAGGGCACGGUGAAGAUGAAUCUGUGGACGCUGCCGGACAUCCUCAUCCUCCACCUGAAGCGCUUCAGACAGGUGGGCGACCGGAGGAACAAACUCACCACCUUCGUGCAAUUCCCCCUGACCGGCCUGGACAUGACCCCACACAUGGUGACCCGAAACCACAACAACCCCCACCAGUCAAACCCAAACCACCAGUCAAACACAAACCACCAGUCAAACCCAAACCACCAGUCAAACACAAACCACCAGUCAAGCACAAACCACCAGUCGAACCAGCACCAGCAGCAGGGGUUGAAACCGUCCCGCCGAUCUGACCCGACUCCACCUGACUUCCUGUACGAUCUGUACGCCGUGUGCAACCACCACGGAGGAAUGCACGGCGGACACUACACAGCUUUCUGCAGGAACUCAGUGGACGGCCAGUGGUACAGUUAUGAUGACAGCAGUGCGGAGGCGGUGCCGGAGGCGGAGGUCUGCACACGUGGAGCCUACAUCCUCUUCUACCAGAGGAGACACACCAUCCCCUCGUGGUCCGCCAGCUCCUCCGUCACCGGUUCCACCAGUUCCUCCACGUCUGACCACUGGUUGGUUCGGCUGGCGGAGGGGGGCAGUAAACGGGGCAGUGUUGGGUCAGGAGGACCCCCCCCUGGAGCUCAGGAGACCAAACAGGCCCCAGCGUCUCCGGAGCUACCAGUGUUUCGAGAAGAACCGCCCAAAACAGAGGAAAAAAGUGGGUUUGAAGCCCAGCCGUUGGUCCGUGGGACUCCAGGCCGCAGCGUCAGCAUGAGAUCACCCACCAAACCCAAGGAGCCUCUGAGCAAAGUGCUGCCUCUGCGCUGGGCUUCUUUCGGCUCCAAGGAUCGCAUCAGACCCCCGGAAACGGCCAAGUCUGGAGAGCUGGUGGAGUAUCUGGAGUCUGGGCGGCGGCCCCGCUGCACCAAAGACCCCAUCGUAGCUCUGGUGGCGACCCCAACGCUGAAGAAGGCAAGAGGAGCGGACUGCAGCUCAACUAGCAACAGCAGUUUGAGUUUCUCAGAAAGACAAGGGUCCGAUUCUCCUAAAGCCCCGGAGGGACAAAGCAGAACUCGGGACGAUGCUAUUCUGAAGCAAAAGUCAUCGAAAAGACUAAGACAGGAGCACAGUAGGACCCUGGAUCUAAAGAGAGAGGAUCAAAUCAGCCACAGUGCGCCCCCCAGCAGAGACUCUACGCUCAGAAGGACUACGGUGGCCUGCAGGGCUCAAAAAGACUUCCCUCAAAGUCAAACAGAGGACAGAAGGGACGGCCGGAGCCACGAGAGCCUCCUGUCCUUCUUCAAACCCGGAUUCAUGAAGAAAGACGUCCCCGUGUCACCACUUAAAGGCCGACUGAACGGACACCAUGGGAAGCUGGCGAGCGGUAACUUAUCCAAACUGUCCCUCUCCAACGGGACGCUGGUGCCCGAGGAGAGGAAGGCUAACGGAGCGGCGCAUCAUCAUCAGUGUAAAGUAGGGAAUGGGAAGGCUGGGAAUCUGGAGCCGGUGGACAUUCAGCGCGCUCACAGCUCCAGCAACAUCCAGAGCAGGAUGGAUUUGACUUUCCACAGGUGUGCUUCCCUGCAGAGGAACGGAGACAUCGUGGCAGCUCCGUCCCACAGAGUCCUGCUGACGGAUAAACCCGGACACACCACUCUGCAGCGGACUCCACUCAGCACCUCCUCCCUGGUGCCUCUGUGACCGCCUGAGAGUCGGACUCCUUCCUGUUCCUGGAAACACUUCUCCUCCUAUAGUACUGUUAUAAGUUCUUACCUGUGUGUGUCUUAAACUAAAUCUAUGCAGUGUUGAAUUUACUGAGGAGAAAAAACUGCUGUAAUGUGAUUUAUUUAGCCCUUUUUUUGGUUUUACAAAGCAGUCUUCUGGUUUCAUUUUGAGUUUAUCUGAAAAGCAGAGUGUGGAUUUGGUGAAUUAGCAUUUUUUGGCCCAUUACCCUUUGUGCCACACGGGCUAAAACAUGUAUAAUUGUGAAAAGCUACUAACGCCUGCACUGUAAAUCUGCUGCUGAAGCCACACACAUCAUUGCUUUGUCAUUUUCAUCUUAUGUCACCAAUGCACUUCCUUUAAUUCAAUAUUCUGCUACCUUAACGAAGCUUAAGGAACAAUAACACAGCAGCAAAAUUGGAAAAAGCACUUUCUUUUCUGUGUUUUAUAUAUUAAUUUAUGAAAGAAUUUAUCUACAACUUGCAAACCAACAGAUUUCUAACAAAUGCACUUCUUUCAAAGAGGCACUAUUCUGCUUUUUGGGGUUUCCCCUCUCCUGUAGUGUG